UGGGUGGACAGAUGUACAAAAAAGGCCACUUAUCAAUUUUAUGGCUACAUCACAGAAAUGGUCAAUUUUUAUCAAAUCCAUUGAUGGUACCAAAGAGUACAAAGACAAGCACUUCAUUGCUGACUUGUUUUUAAAGGUCGUUGGUGAGGUUGGGCCUCAACAUGUUGUCCAAAUUAUUACUGAUAAUGCGUCUGUUAUGAAGGCUGCAGGAUCUAUUGUUGAAGCCGAAUAUCCUCAUAUAUUUUGGUCACCUUGUGUUGUGCAUACUCUCAAUUUGGCUUUGAAGAAUAUAUGUGCACCUAAGUACUCUUUGCAGAAUGAGGAUGCGUAUAAUGAAUGUAACUGGAUUGCACAAGUUUCAGAUGAGGCAACUUUCAUUCGUAUUUUCAUCACAAAUCAUUCUAUGAGAUUAGCAAUUUUUAAUUCAUAUUCUCCUUUGAAGUUACUUGUUGUUGCUGAAACACGAUUUGCUUCAAUAAUUAUCAUGCUUAAAAGAUUGUUUCAAGUAAAACAAAAUCUUCGAAAUAUGGUUGUUAGUGAGGAAUGGAUGUCAUAUAGAGAAGAUGAUGUAGGAAAAGCUCAAACUGUGAGGGAUUAUAUUUUGAAUGAUUUGUGGUGGGACAAGGUUGCAUACAUUCUAAGAUUCACAGAACCUAUUUAUGAGAUGCUUCGAGUGGCUGACACGGAUGCACCUAUUCUCCAUAAGGUGUAUGAAAUGUGGGAUUCCAUGAUAGAAAAUGUGAAGAAAGAAAUAUACCAACAUGAAGGCAAGGAAGACUAUGAGGAGUCUCCAUUCUAUGAUGUGGUACACAAUAUACUUAUUGAACGGUGGACUAAAAAUUGCACACCACUUCAUUGCCUAGCCCACUCCUUGAAUCCAAAGUAUUAUACUAUUAAAUGGAUUGAGGAAGUUAGAGGCCGUGUUGCACCAUAUAAGGAUGCUGAAAUUUCAGUGGAGAGAAACAAGUGCCUCAAAAGGAUCUUUCCUGAUCCUGAUGAUAGGCAAAAAGUUAAUGUGGAGUUUGGUUUGUUUAACUCAUUACAGGCUUAUGAUGAGGAUAACAUGGAGGAUAGGUGGAGCUACAAUCCAAUGCUUUGGUAGUCAACUUAUGGGUCUACUUUACCACUACUUCAAACUUUAGCUCUAAAACUUCUUGAACAGCCUUGCUCAUCAUCAUGUGCUGAGAGGAAUUGGAGUACCUAUGGCUUCAUCCAUUCUAUGAGGAGGAAUAGAAUUACUCCUAAACGUGCUGAAGAUUUAGUGUUUGUUCAUUCUAAUCUUCGACUUCUUUCAAGGAGGAGGCCCGAGUACAAUAGUGAAGAAUCUAAAAAGUGGGACAUUGGUGGAGAUAAUUGGGAUGAACCAUUUGGAGGACCUGGGUUGCUUGAGAUUGCUUAUCUCACACUAGAUGAGCCAGAGAUGGAGACAAGUAUUGUUGAGAAUAAUGAUUAUGUUGAUGAUGAUGAUGUUGUUGUUCUUUGAUAAUCUUGUAGUUUAAAACUUGUUAUCUUUUUAUGUUUUUAGUUUGAUGUUGAACUUG